CUCUGUCUCCAGAGUACAGGACAGAGGAGAACCCUUUUGGACUCUCAUCAUCCUGUGGAGAAGAUCACCUUCUAUGAGGACCGCGGCUUCCAGGGCCGCCACUAUGAGUGCAGCACCGACCACUCCAACCUGCAGCCCUACUUCAGCCGCUGCAACUCUGUGCGCGUGGACAGUGGCUGCUGGAUGCUCUAUGAGCAGCCCAACUUCGCAGGCUGCCAGUACUUCCUGCGUCGCGGGGACUACCCUGACUACCAGCAGUGGAUGGGUUUCAGUGACUCUGUCCGCUCCUGCCGCCUCAUCCCCCACUCCAGUUCUCACAGGAUCAAGAUCUACGAGCGAGAGGACUACAGAGGCCAAAUGGUGGAGAUCACAGACGACUGCUCCCACCUGCAGGACCGCUUCCACUUCAGUGACUUCCACUCCUUCCACGUGAUGGAGGGCUACUGGGUCCUCUACGAGAUGCCCAACUACCGGGGGCGGCAGUACCUGCUCAGGCCUGGGGAGUACAGGCGCUACCACGACUGGGGCGCCAUGAAUGCCAGGGUGGGCUCUCUGAGGAGAAUCAUGGAUUUCUAUUGAAAUAUUUUUACUCUACCAUUUUCUCCAUCUGGACAGUAAUAAAAUAUUUCCUGUGUGUUUCAUGCAA